UUUUGUUAACUGGGAUGCUUCAAGCGCUCAGCUAACCCACUUCUUCCAUCCUCAAACUCCGUCCCUUCCAUCUGAUUCUUCAAUCCAAAGAUUUUUCAACAACUCACUUCUAACAUCAAGGUAAGAAAGAAUCCCUACAUUCCUCAACAAUCGAAAGUAAAGAUGAUGCACACCACUUGUUUAAACUCAGCUGUAUCACUUAGAUGCGGAGUUUCUCCAUCUUCACUGUUCACUGAUCCUACUUACUACCUGGAUGCUAGAUUCGAUAGCAGCCCUUUAAUCAUCUCAUCAUCAUUCAGCUCUUCUUGUUGUUGUUGCUGCUGUUGCUGUGCUGCUAAUAGUAAUUUAAUUUAUAAUAGAUUACCCAGAAUAAACCCUAGAUAUUUAUGUAACGGGUUGCGACAAUCCACCCUGAUUCAGUUCUCACCUAGUAAAAGAUUAACCUUUCAUGGUAGUAGGAGACAAUCUUGUAACACUACUUCUGGUUCUGGGUUUUCCUCGCUUACUGAUUCUGAUCGAAAGUAUUACUACGAAAAACUUUACUCUUUCAAGGAGAAGAGGAAAUUAGGAAAGGGUAGGUGUUUGGGGAUUGAAGAUAAGAAGAAAACACAGUCAUUUAGUAAUGCCAUUGAAGAUGAUUGCUUGAAUGAUGUUGAAAUUUUGCUUGAUUUGUUGACUGAGGAGGUUGGGUUAGAGAGCAUUGGUGUUAGAGAGAGAAAAAGAAGCAAUAAGAAGGAUCAUCAUCUUGAAACAAAAAUUAUGGGUUCUGGUGCUCUAAAGAGGGAUUUGAAGCAUGAUACUAAAUCUGUAAAAAUCCAGUGUAUGGAGGAAGAAGAUAGGAGAUUAAUCAACAAGAAAAAAGAGGAAGAAAGGGAAACUUUUGUGAAAAAAAAGAACCAUGAACGAAAGAAAGAAGGGUCUAGUUGUUCAUCUUAUUACUCGGUUUCUUCUACAGGUGAGUUUGAUAGUGACAACGAUGUUGAAAUCAAACAUGAUGUUGGAGAGUCUUCAGGUGAUUAUAAAGAUGAUCAGAGAAUUGAUAGUUAUAAAAGCUAUGAUGAAGAAAAUGUUGAAAGGCGACAUGAGAUCUUGAAGAAGAAGAAUAGUGCAGAAAGUUAUUAUGGGAAUGAAGAAUGGCGAAAGAAAUCUGAAAAGAAGCUUAAUGUAGAGUCUAGUCAACAGCAAUCACAAGUUUCUAUUAGUCAACAUAGUGAAAAAGCUAAUAGAAUCACUGAUCAAUCUCAAUCACGAAUGAAGUAUGAGAGAUUCAUGGAAUCAUCAGAAACAGAUAAUAAGAUGGAAUUGAACUCCACCAUGCAAAAUAAGUUAAAUACAUCAGUUCAAAAUGUUACUCAAAAAGACGAAUACAGAAAGCAAUCAAAUGUGAUUUCAGAAUCAUCAGGAGUUCAUCAAAAUAACAUGAAAAAAGCCUCUUCAUCAUCUUCUUCUUCAAUGCUUGAGGCUAGAAUUAAAAACCAGGAACACAAUUCAACACAAGUUAGUUCUCAGAUUGAAGAAAAACAGGAAAGAAUCAAUCAGUUGACCGCAUCACAAGAAUCUAGAUUAAAAUCACAACAACUCUCAAGAAUUUCAGAUACCCAAAUUUCUAAAACCGAGAAUUCUUCUGUUUCACAUAAGCAAUCUGAAAUAAGAAAUGAAAAACAAGAACUGCAUAUAGAUACUUCAAGAACAGCAGAUAGAAGAGAAGAAAAACAGGAAAGAAUCAAUCAGAUGACCUCAUUACAAGAAUCUAGAUUGAAAUCACAACAAAUUUCAAGAAUUUCAGACACCCAAAUUGCUAAAACUGAGAACUCUUCUGUUUCACAUAAGAAUUCUAACAUCAGAAAUGAAAAACAAGAACUGCAUUUAGAUACUUCAAGAACAACAGAUAGAAGAGAAGAAAAACAGGAAAUUUCAAGAAUUUCAGACACCCAAAUUGCUAAAACAGAGAACUCUUCUGUUUCACACACACAAUCUGAAAUCAGAAGUGAAAAACAAGAAUUGCAUUUAGAUGAUUCAAGAACAGCAGAGAAAGUUACCAUGGCUGAAAAACUUGAUCUAAGAAGAAAAAAGAAUUCAUCAUCUAGGGUGGAAUUAAUGGAAGGAACCUCAGAAUCAAUGAAAACUGGUAAAAAAACAACAAAAGCUUCAAGUUUUAAUAUUGGCAUGGAGUCAUCUACUACUUACAAAGCUUUAAAACUGAACCCUGAAACCGAAACUAAUCUUCAAGAAAGUGGGGCCCAGUUAUCUCAACAUAUUGAAACCAUCAAUGAGAGUUCCAGAAUCCAUCAAUCUGAUGUGAUUGCAUCAGCAGAUGAAGAACACAAAUCCUCAAGUCAUUUUCUUGGUGAAUUUGUCAAGAAUGCAAAUAACAAACUCACAACUUCUCAAAAUCAACAAGAGGAAAAAACCCAUGAACAGGAUUUGGUGUAUGAAGAUGAUGAUGAUAAAAAAGAUGAUAAUAAUAUCACAUCUGGUGAAUCUUUGAAAAAGAAUGGAAGAUCAUUAUGGAAUGUUAUUGGAGAUGUAAUCCGAUUUCGUUGGUCAUCUGAAACACAUAUUUCAAAAGCUUCAUCGAUUCAAUCAAACAGUGAAGCAUGGUUUUCUGGACAUGAACAUGAAGAUUCAAAUGAUGAAAAUGUGAAAACAGGAAUUACAAAAAGUCGAUCUAGAUCUAGAUCAAGAUCCAGAAGGCGUACAGAUGAUUCACCAUUGUUGUUAUUGUCAUCAUCAUCAAACCCUAAUCAAGAAUCUUCAUCCAAAACCAUGUCUCCUCCAUCUGUAAUUGAAGAAUCAUCGUUUCCAGUUCCUGCAAUUCGCAUGAGAAGGUCUCCUGUUGUGAAAAGAUCAGGGAGUAGUGACACUGAUGCAUCUGGUAGUGGCAAAAUGGUAAAUACAACUGAAAUAUCACCUGCUUCCAGCAGUGGCAAAAUGGUAAAUACGAAUGAAACAUCACCUGGAUCUAGCAGUGGCAAAAUGGUAAUAGUGGAUGGACCGAUUUUAUCUACUGGAGAAUUGAAGCAAAGGAAACUUGCAAGAAUAGAUCAAGUUUCUAAAGAUAGAUUUGAUGAAUGGGAGGAAGCUUAUGAUAUAGAAAUAAAACAAAGAAAAAUUGAUGAAUUUUUUAUGAAAGAAGCGAUUUUGGAAGCUAAAAAGGGUGCUGAUUUUUGGGAAGUUCCUGUUGGAGCUGUUCUUGUUCAUGAUGGGAAAAUAAUUGCUCGUGGAUAUAAUCUGGUGGAAGAGUUGCGUGACUCCACUGCUCAUGCUGAGAUGAUUUGUAUACGCGAGGCGUCAAAUAAUCUACGCUCAUGGAGACUUUCGGGUAGCACACUUUAUGUAACACUUGAACCAUGUCCCAUGUGUGCUGGAGCAAUCCUUCAAGCCCGGAUUGACACCGUUGUAUGGGGAGCUCCAAAUAAGCUCCUUGGAGCCGAUGGGAGCUGGAUCAGAUUGUUUCCUGAUAUGGAUGGAGGAAAUGGGUCUGAUAAACCGGCUGCCCCUGUCCACCCAUUCCACCCCAACAUGAGUGUAAGAAGAGGGGUAUUAUCGUCAGAAUGUGCAGAUGUGAUGCAACAGUUUUUUCAGUUAAGGAGAAAGAAGAAAGAGAAGAGAACUGAAACUGAAACUGAACCACCAACUCCACCACCUUCGUGUCUUCCAAUUGUUACAAAUCGUCAUCAUCAUCAUUCAAAGUUGUUGAGUAAGAUUCAUGGUGCAUUUAAUAUCAUGUUUUGUUUAUAGAUGAGAUCUUUCUUCAUUGUAUUUAGUAAUUAGUAUUCUUUUUGGCAAUGUGUUUGUUUUGAUCUGUUGUGUGAUUCAAAAUCAAAAACCAUGUUGUGUGAAGUUAAUCUUUUUAUGAUAUGUAAGUUUAAUAGUUUUCAUUUUUGAUAAA